AUGCCGUCUCCUCCUCAUCAUCCAUCCACCCACAGCCAAUCCGUAUUAGCCCAACGCGCCAAAGUCCUCCGCCAACAAGUCUGGAACGGCUGUCAAAGUCUACAAGGCAGUCCGAGUGAAUUGUGGAAGACAUAUGUGUUGAAAUUCUUGGAUAGCUACGCCUAUUUUUCACUGAGUGUCAUUUUUACGCUCUUUUUGACGCACGAUUUUGGCUACAGCGAUGUGCAAGCCGGCACCAUCUACGGCGCAUGGGGUGCCUUGAUUACCAUUUACGGGUUGGCGACGGGUUUCUUGGUGGACAAUGUCGGUGUGGCCGUCAGUGUCCGAUGGGGAUUUGUCAUUCAACUCAUGGCGCGCAUUGUCAUUUUUGUGACGACUUCCCGCACAAUGCUGUUGUGGAGUGUGUGGUGCUUUUUGCCAUUGGGAAAUUGUUUGGGAAUUCCCGUAUUGACCAUUGGAAUACGACGCUACACGACAACCCACAAUCGAGGAUUCGCCUUUGGAUUGUUCUAUGUUGUCAUGAAUAUUGCCGCGCUCUUUAGUGGACCCAUGGUCGAUCUAUGCACAAAAGUCUGGGAUCCGACAUUGGCAUCAUCCAAGGAGGAAGGAGAUCAGACGGAUACUUCUAUAGAAGGACAAGAAGAGAACGACAAUACACCACGGGAAUGGUCAUUGAAUGGAUACAGACUGGUUCUCUUGACUUGCAUCAUUGCCAAUGUCAUGUCUGUAUUGGUCAGUUUGACGGUCCGCGAAAUCAAAUUGGUAGAUGACGAUGAUAACGACAAGGAAGCCGUGGAUGGCACCAUGGACAACAGCACCCAAGAAGUCGACGAAGAUGAGCUAUCCGUCAAAAAGAAGAAUCAAAUCUCCACCUUUACACCGACUCGGGGCAGUGCCUGGAGCAUUCUGAAGGAAACUUUGGAAACCAAAACCUUUUGGCGCUACUUGGCCGUCGUGCUGAUUACGCUCAAUGUGGGAAUGGUCUUUCGUCACUUGGACGCUACACUGCCCAAAUACAUGAUUCGUGAAUUUGGCCCCGACGUCGCCUACGGAACGGUCUAUUCCAUCAAUCCCGCCAUGAUUAUGAUACUCGUGCCCAUCAUGACGGCCGCCACCAGUCAGUAUGAUCCACUCGUCAUGAUUCACUAUGGGACAUAUGUCAGUGCCGCGUCGGUAUUCUGUUUGGUGGUAUCGACAUCCAUACCCGCCUGCAUUUCCUUUGUCAUUGUCUUGUCCAUUGGAGAAGCCAUUUGGAGUCCACGACUUUACGAUUACACCAUGAGUGUCUGUCCCGAAGGACGAGAAGGAACGUACGGGGCGCUGGCGUCGGCACCCCUCUUUUUGGCCAAAUUACCCGUGGGCUUUCUCAGUGGCAUUCUCUUACAAACGUACUGUCCUGCAGAAGGCCCUCGACACUCUCAACUCAUGUGGCUCAUCAUUGCCUGCACCACGGUGACAUCGCCCAUUUUCAUGACACUGUGUUGGAAGUUUGUGUCCCACAAAGAUAGCGAGGACGACAAGGGAUAUACGGAAUUGGCGGGGGGGACAACACCAGGAGGCUACGAUGAAGAUGACGACAACAAUCAAGAUGAUGACGCUGACGACGAGCAUUGCAUCACGUAA